GUGAGGGUCAUAGAAGAGUCCUUCGCUUGCUGCUGACAAGUCAGUGUGUGUCGAAUGAUAGUGGGCAGUGUUUGUUCCGUCAUAGGCGAAUUAUUGCUUGGUUAGGGUUAGCCCCUCGAUCGUGUGGAGACAAAUUUUUCUUGUCAUUUCCGCUCACGACUGUUAAAUUCACGUAUUUCUCGAUGACAUUGUGCAGACAUGAUGAAAUGCGAUGACAUUGAUCAGUGCACGUGACACAUUUGAAGUUGCUCAACUUGGUUGAGAGAGACACGGUUUGGUAGUUUGUGGUUGAGACGGGGUGCAGCAACUUGAUCAGUCCCACAGUUUGAAUUGUUGUGAAUGCCAUUCACUCGGUCAACAACAGUGUGUGCGGUGGAUGUGCCUUCUGUACUGGCUCUGCCUGCUGCACGCAUCAUAAUCUCCACUGCUUUGCGUGACCUACGAACAGCUGCUGUUCUCUUCAAGUGGUUCCAUGGCCAUCUAUCAGGCAAGGAGGCAGAGAAGUUGAUACUGGAAAAGGGGAAGAAUGGAAGUUUCUUGGUUCGAGAGUCCCAGAGCAAACCUGGAGACUAUGUAUUGUCAGUUCGCACAGAUGACAGGGUCACUCAUGUCAUGAUACGCUGCCAGGAUAACUGUUAUGAUGUUGGUGGAGGGGAGAGAUUUGAUAGUUUGAGUGAACUCAUAGAACAUUACAAGAAGAACCCAAUGGUGGAAACAAGUGGAACUGUCGUCCAUCUGAAGCAGCCAUUUAAUGCUACACGCAUCAAUGCAAGUGGCAUUGAUAGUCGUGUGAAAGAGCUGCAGAAAGAGAAUGGGCAGUUGACAGGAAAGGCAGGAUUCUGGGAGGAAUUUGAGUCAUUGCAGCAGCAGGAGUGUAAACACUUGUUUUCCAGGAAGGAGGGACAGAAAACAGAAAACAGAAACAAGAAUCGCUACAAGAACAUUCUACCAUUUGAUCAUACUCGGGUGAAGUUGAAAGAUGUGGAUCCAAAUGUUCCGGGUGCAGAGUACGUCAAUGCAAAUUAUAUUAAGCCGGAGGAGGAACUCUUCCAAGAUGGACACCCCAAAUACUACAUUGCAACACAAGGUUGUCUUCCGAGCACUAUGUCAGACUUCUGGGACAUGGUCUGGCAGGAGAAUACUCGUGUCAUUGUCAUGACCACCAAGGAGAUUGAGCGAGGCAAGAACAAGUGUGUGCGCUACUGGCCCGAGGAGUGCCAAGGGAAGGAGUAUGGCAAAACAAAAGUGCGCAAUUUGUCAGAAUCUUCUACAGCUGAUUACACACUACGAGAGUUCCUUGUGUCAAGAGAAGGGUCAAGUGAAGAAGAGAGGAAGGUGUACCAUUAUCACUUCCAGGCGUGGCCAGAUCAUGGUGUGCCCUCAGAUCCUGGGUGCGUACUGAACUUCCUGCAUGAUGUGAAUGCACGACAGGAGUCUGUCGCAAAUGCUGGCCCAGUGCUUGUUCACUGCUCGGCUGGUAUUGGUCGCACAGGCACAUUCAUUGUGAUUGACAUGAUCCUGGAUCAAAUUAAACGGCAGGGCCUUGACUGUGAGAUUGACAUUCAGCGGACAAUACAGAUGGUUAGGUCACAGCGAUCUGGCAUGGUCCAGACUGAAGCGCAGUACAAAUUUGUUUACCUGGCUGUGCAGCACUAUAUUGAGACUGUGUCACAGAGGAUGCAGGCUGAGCAGAAGAGCCUGCAAUUGGGGCGAGAGUAUACUAACAUUCGCUAUUCAAGUGAGGCGCAGACAGCUGCAGGAGUGAGCGACACAGCACGUGUGGGAGGGCUAACACUUACCCUGUCUCGUUCCACAACCUCUCUCCCCACUACACCUAGCUCGGCAGGAACCAGAGACAACAAGCGUGGUCCAUCCAGAGCUUCCUCUGAUGCUCAUCUUCCAAGGCCACCUGAUGAAGUUCCAAAGCAGAUAUAUGAGAAUAUUCCAUUGAAGGAACGCAAGUUGUCUGCCAAUAGCUACAAUAUUGGACCACCUCCUAGCUUUGCUCCUCCACCUCCACCACCACCACGAAAAACGUGACACAUGUUUCUGUCACCAUCGUAUGAGAACUCUACAGACUGAGUGUGAUGUGGCUGUUUUAUAUUGCUUGGCACAUGGUGCUUCUGUGUUCCCAGGGUCAUGGCACUGUGAGAAAGAUGAGGGCCUAGUGAAAUAGGAACUAGUUAUGUAAUUGUGAGAGAUAUUUAUUUCUUUUAAGGACUGGCAGUUUCAGUUUUGUUACACCCAUUGCUGACUGCAUCAGGUAAGUGUUGAACUGUGAUAAGGAAGAACAUUCUUCUGCACAAAGCUUUGUACUUGUAGGUUCGAACCAUUCCAAAUUCUUUCUCCAUUGCAGUUAUUUAUAUGUACAUGUUUAUUAAAGACUAACUUGUAAGUCAAGAGCCAUGAGCCUGGGAUUUGAAAGAAAUAUUUUGACUGAUUAUGUGUCAAUAAUCUGAGUGAACAAUUUGGCUUCUGUUCAUUUUUAGAGCAAUAGUUAAGUUUUUCUACAGUGUAUGCACUUCUUUUAUGUGAUAUUGGGCUGGUGUUUUGUAAUGUAUGGCCAUCUUACAGAAUGUAACGGGCAUGUUAUUAAUUAGAUUACAAUAUUGAACUGUUUUAAGUUUGGUAGUACAAUGGUUGAGAAUUAAAAGUAACAUAAGGAUAUGCGAAAGAGUUUGGACACAAAAUAUUGGCAUUCUGAUUGAUUGUAGUAAAGGCCAUUUCCUUCACUGA